AUGCACCAUGAGCUGACCUAUACCCGACUAAUUGAAUGUGUUGCCGUGGAAAAUAACACUUCGAGCGCACUCGACACCUCGAAUUCCGACGCCCUGGCUUCCGUUUCAGAUGUGGCAAAGUACGAUAGGCUCCCGGACUUCGUGAAAGCAAUUUCUCCCCAACUAUCUUCAGACGAUAUCGAUUAUCUUGUGAGGAAAGGCGCCCUAGAUGUUCCCCAAGCAGAGCUUCUCGACGCAAUCAUUCGGAGCUAUUUCCAGUAUUUCCAUUGGUUCAUGCCUCUUUUGGACCAGCAUGUCCUGUUGAGCUGUACUGGUGGCCAUUGGCGCCCCGGAAUGCCGACAAUCAGCAUUUUGGUGCUGCAGGCGGUAAUGUUUAUCGGUGUCACAUUUGUCGACGAACAGCAUUUACAUAAGGGAGGUUUCGAAUCGAGACGGGCAGCAAGAAGAAGCUUUUAUGAGAGGGUGAGAUUACUGUACGAGCUCGAUGUGGAAGAAAACCGCAUCCCCAUCAUUCAAGCGACGCUUCUCAUGAGCUUCUGGAAUGAAACACCAGGCGACAAUAAGGGAGGCUGGCAUUUCCUGGGGAUUGCCAUAUCGCUAGCCCUCACAAUAGGGCUCCACCGGAAACAGACCUUUUCGAACCCCUCCGUGAAGAAACACCUAUCGAAAAGAAUAUGGUGGUCUUGCUAUAUGAGAGAUCGUAUGCUAGCGCUUGGCAUGUCUCGGCCACUCAGAAUCAACGAUGUCGAUUUUAGCACGCCGUUGCUCGAACUGGAGGACUUUGAACUACAGAACAACACACCAGAUAGUGUUCUGCACCAAGUUCUAGAGCCGGAGUGUCAGCAGAGUCUCGCCGAAAUGUGCAUCACGAUGGCAAAACUUUGUGUCCAAAUAGGGAUGGUAAUCAACCUGCACUAUUCUAUUCUCCCUAGCGACAGUUACGACCACUCCGUGGAGGAUCCGACAGGCCGGACGACCCCAAUACUAUAUCUCAGGUCUGAGCCAAGGGAACUAGAGCUAGUCAGGAGAUGCGACCAGUCCCUGCAGGGGUGGUUCGACAACAGGCCUAUAUCAGCCAUCUUUCAACCUCCGCGAUCAAAGGAUAUUGUUGAAUCCGCUGCGGUGGUGAUGGCGCACCAAGCUUUCCUGCAAGUCUGCUUUUGCGGGACUCUCUCAGCACUCCAUCGGCCACAAGUGUAUCUGGACAAGCCUGACGCUAAAAAUGUGAUUCAGAGGGAAGAAUCUCGGGAACGAUCCCGAUCGAGGGUCGAAGAAGCAACCACGGAAAUGGCCAAAAUCAACUACCACAUCCACAAACUUCAUCUGGGCUAUUCGCUGCCUCCCACUGCCGCUACGCUGGAGAUUCCGAUCCUCAUUACUCACCUGAAGCAUAUACAGUCCAAAGAGAACCGUAAUCUUGAAACUUGUUUGCAAUCAAUACUUUAUUGUGUGAAAGUGUGGGAGGAAAUGCAAGACCUCUACGUGGGUGUGGACUUGGUGCUCAAAUUUGCCGCUGACCUUAUUAAGAGGGCAAAUAUCAAUAUGGUUGUUGGAGAGAAUAUGAAAGUUGCUGGGGUCUGCUAUCGAGACCGUCAGUAUCACCUUCGCAAUACGGAAUCUUGCGAACCUGGAUCGAAUCCGGACCCCAGUGAUACCAACGGCCGUUAUCAUGACCAAGAUGUUGCAUCGUUCCACACUCUUUACUCGUCGGAAAACACUCCUUGUACGACGAAGACGACUGUAUGCAGCCAGCACACCGAUGACACGAUACCGAGCCCAUCAAAAGUAAAUUGGGGCUUUUGCGAUGAUAUUUUACUUGCUGAUAAUCCCGACCUAGAGGCUAUAUUCCAGUUAAUGGUUGAUUUCGACAACCUGGACGAGCUUGCUCCAGAGCUCUAG